AGAAUCAUCUAUGGUCUCACAAGCUUUAGAAAAAGAGAUCCUAGAGAAAGUUAAAGCAGAAAUUGAGGAAGAAUUGAAACAUCUUGACGAAGAAAUUUUGGAAGCUUUCACUACAACUGGCUUUGACUGCCACACAUCUCCAGUAUUUAGUCCUGCAAACCCAGAGACUUCAAUUGAAGACUGCUUAGCUCAUCUCGGGGAGAAGGUAUUCCAAGAAUUGAAAGAACCUCUUGAAAAGGCAUUAGAGAUCCUACUUAGCAAGCCAGUGAAUUAUCAGGAAUACAAAGAGAGGACACAGGAAGUAGCAAGUCAUGCUAGUGGAUGGAGCAAGGUUUUAGUGCCCCUGGUGAUUCUUCAGCGGUUCUUGGUAGAGCUGUCCAAACAGGGCCAAGAACCACUUGGUGCACUUCUGAAUUUUGGAGUGACCUACCUUGAAGAUUAUGUUGCAGAUUAUAUCAUCCAGCAAGGUGGAUGGGGAACUGUUUUUAGUUUGGAUUCUGAAGAGGAAGAAUACCACGGAAUCAUUGCUGAAGAUAGCAAUGACAUCUACAUCCUAACUAGUGACAACUCAGGCCAGGUGAGCCCACCUGAGUCACCCACAGUAACAACAUCUUGGCAGUCAGAGAGCUUGCCUGUUUCUUUGUCAGCCAGCCAGAGCUGGCAUACAGAGAGCUUGCCAGUUUCAUUGGGGCCUGAGUCGUGGCAGCAAGUAGCUAUGGAUCCUGAAGAAGUAAAGAGCUUGGACAGCAAUGGAGGUGGAGAAGAAAGGAGUGAAAACAACUCUUCAAACUCAGAUAUUGUCCAUGUUGAAAAGGAAGAGAUACAAGAGAGUGUUGAGGAGACAGCGGUGUCAGAAGUGGGCCUGCAAACUAGUGCUAAAAAAUUGAGCUUCCCAGAAGCUCCAGCUGCAUUGCUGAAAACAGAGUCAGAGGCUGAAAGCUUGUUAAUUAAAAGACUAAGCCCCUCUGCAUCUUCACUUGCUGAGUGUCACAAAGAGGGGAGAGUAGUGGAAUAUCCUGAACCUGAACCUCUGAUGUUGAGUAAAUCUGCCAAACAAUAUCCUUCAAGUGAAAAGGCUUCCCCCAAGUCUGAGAAAAUACAACUUCCAGAAGAAGAAACAAAACUAGGGAAAGAGAGCUAUUCUGAAGAAAAGUCUCCCGAUGGAGAGGAGAAAUCCAUUCUUUUGCCAGAAGGCAAAUCACUUCUGCUCUAUGGCGGGGCAGCUGCAGUAGCUAUCCUGGCUGUAGCAGUAGGUGUAGUGUUGACAUUGAGGAAGAAGUAGUGAACUCUUCUCUUCAGAGAUAAUGCCUGAAUCCACGCUUGGUUGCAUUGACUAAGGUUUGCAAUGCCUCCUGUUAAUGAGAAAUCUGUGUAACUUGACAGGAAGAUGGGGCAUGAGUUUACUGCUAAGUCUAGGGACAAUCAUGUUUUUAGUGGCCUGGGACUGGAUCUUCCUCUUUAAUGAUAGGGGUAUUAUUGGAACCCCCUUGCACAUUUAAAUAUCUUGAUAUAUCUGAGAAAUGGGGAGGGGGGGAGGGUUGCUUAUACACUGGAAAUUGGAUCAGGAAAUUCCAGGGUAAUGAAAAAGUUCAUCUUUAUCCCUGGAAAAUUCCUUUAUGUAGCUGCUAUUGCAGCUUCUUGGUUCACCUCCACCUCUUGAAUGAGAGGUUCUCUAACCCUGUAGCAUGAGGCUACUUCCCCUUUUGUCUCAGCUUCCUCAGGUACUGCACUGCUCCUCUUCACCUCUCUGUUCCCUUUGAAACCCCAUGGGGUAGUGCUUGCUCCCUAAAUUCUGUGAUUAAACUUCCAAAGCUAUGAAAUAAAUGAAAUGAAAUGAAAUGAAACCCUCCCAUGUAGAGAUGAAAGUAUAAUGCAUUUUGGGGAAAGAUAAUAUUUUUUUCAUCCUUGUGCUUUAGGCAUUUUGGUGAUUUGUUACUGUUGUGGCUGUCCCUAUCCAUUCCCUACUCCCCCAUUCAUCUGGCUUUAUUGUGUCAGUUUAGUUAUCAGAGAUACACUCCUUUCAUGUAAGUACCUAUCACCAUUCUGAUGAAUGCAAAAGAAAGAAAGAUUUCCAUGUAAUAAGCAAAAAUGUAUGUGAGGCAACAAGAGUUGAAUACUGUGCAGCUUCAGAUUUAAUUCAAAAAAUGUGCUUCAGAGUGCAUGGGGUAUAAAUAGAGGACCUGUCUCCAACUCUUUAAAGCAGUUGUGGUUUUCCCCAGGAUAAGAUGGUUGCCUUCCACAUUUGCUGUUUCCCAGAAAAAGAUGCAGUUGCUUUAAAACGUUGAAAACAGGUGCUAUGGAUGCACUUCUGCAUGCUCCAAAAUACUUUUUGGAUUUGAAUCUGAAGCAGUGUGGCCUUAUGAAAUGCCACUAAUUAUAAAUUAAAAUCUGUUUUGUUAAUCCAAUUGCAAGGUUGGAACACUUGGCCUUAAUUUACUUUUACCAUUGUGAUGAAUUCAAGGUCUUCAAGGAAACUGACUCAGCAGUUAACUGAAAGAGCAUUUGUUUCCAAUUUCCAGUUUUCUGGCCAUUGGUGGAGAAAUGAUCUAAAAAUCAUGUCUUGUAUAGCUCAUGUAACCUUUCAGAUAACUUCUUUCUAUGUAUAAACAAUUCCUUUUUAUUUCACCUAUAAUUGGCCCCGUAAAAAAAAUAAAAUUGAUCAUCCAUGUCAAAGUGUUAUUUUGUGUGUUUUGGAAUGUACAGGUGGUGACUGUCAUAGUUAUGAAUAAUAUAGUACCACAGGUUUUUACUUUAAACAAUAAAAUGGCUGUAGCCUCUUUUUACAUUUUUUUGGAGAUGAGAUAGAUAACCCUUCCCAUUAAACCUGCUAUAAAAAUUCACAUUUGAUACAGGUAGUCCUCAACAACCAUGUGUUUAACUUUGUCAAAGUUAUGAUGGUGCUGAAAAAAGUGACUUAUUACCAGUCCUUGCACUUACAACCACCACAGUGUCCCCAUGGUCUCACAAUCAAAAUUUGAGUGCGUGGCAGCCGGCAUGUGUUUAUGAUGGUUACAGCAUUCCGGGGUCACAAUUGCCAUUUGUGACCUUCCCAGGGGGCUUCCAACAAGCAAAGUCAAUGGGGGAAGCUCAUGCAUGUAUGAGAGAUUACACUUCUAAACAUUUGUGUUCACAUAUCAUAGAACACUUAGUUUAAUAUAUAAUAUCUACAAGGGAAUCUUUGUUUAAAUAUAUUUACAUUUCUCCAUAGUACUAUUUAUUAUCCAUUUUUCAGAAUAAAGUGCCUCAGUAUGUUCCAGUGGGAUUGAACUGUUUUUCCAUUUGCCCUCAGCCCAAAAAUCUAGCUGCAACCACAAAUUAUUUUUUUUGGGGGGGGAGAAACUCUCAUGUGAGUCCUUGACUUAUGACCACAAUAGGGAUCGGAAAAUGCAACAGUUGUGUGAGGACUGGUCGUAAGUCACCUUUUCAGCGCUAUCAUAACUUCGAACUGUUGCUAAACCAAUGGUCAUAAGUCGAGGACUACCUAUUUAGACAAACUGAAUAGUGAAUUAUUGCUGCCAGUAUGUAUUCCAAUACAAGCACUAUUGCUAAGAUUGCUGUAGCAGAUUUUGGCUGCAGCUUCCUCCACCCUCUAAAAUAAACUUCUCUUGACUUCUACAGUAAACUAUGGAGGAAAUAAACAGUGCAAGGUUUAGGUAGCCAUCCAUUUUGCCUGAUUACAGCCAUGUGUCCAUUUGAAGAGAAGGUGACAGACUGAACUUAUUUCUUCUCUUAUUUUUCCAGGGUGUUGUACUUUUCAUAGAAAGCAAAAUGCUAAAGAGUGUGAAAUGAAACAUUAGAAUUGGGGUAAUUAUGAACUGACCCUUUCAAAUAUUGAUAUGUUAGAACUUGAUUAUAUUUUACCUAAUCUCUGCAUUUAAGAUGGCAAAUGCUCCUGUUUGAAUAUUGGAGCUUCAUAAUGGAAUAGAAUUUGGUUAAGAUGCAAAACUUGUAUUUGGUGUUUUGGAAUUGCAGCCAUUAUGUCUGUAGAAAACUCUUCAGAAUAAAUCAUUACCAUAUCCUUCAUAGCACUAGUGAAAUGAAGACAAAUUAAAUGUAUACCAGUAGGAUUUCAAUAGUAUGUGUCAUGUAACUGUUACUUCAAAAUAAUCUAUAAUUCUGCAAUAGAAGUCCUACAAUACUAUUGGACUAACUGGUGCAAACUACAUUCACUUUCUCCUUCCUGCUGCUUCCAUUUGGGGAAAAAUGCUUUUGAGAUGCAGCAAAAACACAGAUUUGCUGUCUAUUGAAAUACUUUUUUCCUUCGUGUGGAUAUACUUUCAGUUUUUGAUCUACUUACUGUGGGCUUCCUAUAAAAGUUCUUGAAAGCAAAAUAAGUGUCGUUCUUGCUUAGUGCUUUGCACAAUAAGCUGGAGCUGGGCACAUUUUUUAAAAGCUAUGCUCCUGAACCUGCUCAUGCAUACCUGAAGCACUUCUUUUGUUAUACAUUACGACUUCUAGUCUGGUUGGAAAGUUGCCCGUCUGACCUUGCUUGCGGUGAGCCAGGGAGAGAGGGGUCUGCUUUCAUGGUUUGAAAAC